GGGAGACGUUUUAUUUUAGGGGAGGGGGCCUCAUGAAAGUCGGCAGGCGGGAGCCACCGCCUUUUCUCUGGUGCAGUGUGACAACAGCCCAGCAAAACAGGGUUUCUUCUCGAGAGACGUUACUAGACUUUACCCAGCAAAGCAGGGUUUCUUGGAGAGACUGAACUGCUCCUCACCCAGCAAGCCGGAGACGAAGAGCCGGAGGCCCUGAAGUCACAGAAUAUGUCGUCCUCAGCGGCUUCGCCUCUGGCGUCCCAUUCUCCAUCAUCUUCGACGUUUCCCACUUUACCUAUCACUGCAAUGAGGGAUAAAAUCGUCGGAAAAAUCAUGGAGAACCGCGUCACUCUUAUUGUCGGAGAUACUGGCUGCGGGAAAAGCUCACAAGUCCCUCAGUUUUUAGUAGACGAGAAUAUGGGUCCCAUACUGUGCACACAGCCAAGGAGAUUUGCGGUAGUAGCUGUGGCAAAAAUGGUGGCAAUGUCUCGCAACUGUGAAGUAGGGGAAGAGGUUGGAUAUCACAUUGGCCACUCAAAGGUUUAUUCUGCAAGGUCGAUGGUUGUCUUCAAAACUGCUGGAGUUCUGCUGGAUGAAAUGCGAGAAAAGGGUUUGAAUGCACUCAAGUACAAAGUUAUUAUCCUUGAUGAAGUGCAUGAAAGAUCUGUAGAAUCUGAUCUUCUUCUUGUCUGUGUCAAACAGUUUUUGAUAAAAAACAAUGAUCUGAGGAUUGUGUUGAUGUCUGCUACCGCUGACAUUGCGAGAUAUAAGGAUUACUUUAGGGAUCUUGGUAGAGGUGAAAGAGUAGAGGUGCUAGCUAUCCCCAACACUGAUCAGCAUGUAAUCUUUCAACGGGACAUUUUAUAUCUGGAAAAGGUUGUUAACCUUCUUGGAAGGGGAUCAGAAGAUUUAUCUAAGUACUGCUCCGGGCCCAGCCCAUUCAAAGAAAACACUGAAAUUAAGCCUGAACUGCAUCAACUCAUACAUGAUUUGAUUAUUCACAUUCAUAAAAAUGAAGAGGACAUUGAAAAGGGGAUUUUGGUCUUUCUUCCAACAUAUUAUUCACUGGAACAGCAAUGGGUGUUGUUGAAGCCUUUCAACUUUCUCUUUAAGGUUCACAUUUUACACCGUAGCGUUGAUGUUCAACAAGCUCUCAUGGCUAUGAAAAUCUGCAAGUCACACCGGAAGGUGAUAUUGGCUACUAAUAUUGCAGAAUCUUCAGUUACUAUACCGAAGGUGGGAUAUGUAAUUGAUUCAUGUCGUUCUCUUCAAGUUUUUUGGGACAAUAGUAGGAAAUCAGACCGUGCGGAGCUUGAAUGGGUUUCAAAGUCUCAGGCUAAUCAACGACAAGGGAGAACUGGGCGGACAUGUGAUGGCCGUGUUUAUCGUUUAGUAACAAGAGCGUUUUACAAUCAAUUUGAAGAUUUUGAGCCUCCAUCAAUACUAAGGUUAUCUCUUAGGCAGCAAGUACUGCUUCUCUGCUGUGCUGAAUCGAAGGCCAUCAAUGACCCCAAAGUAUUGUUGCGAAAGGCUCUGGACCCUCCACAUCCUGGUGUUGUUGAUGAUGCUUUGGAUUUGCUUGUUCAUAUCCGUGCAUUACGUCAUCCAUCUUCAAGGAGCCGACCUGAGCCUACAUUUUAUGGAAGAUUGCUUUCCAGUUUUGCCCUGUCAUUUGAUGCUUCUGUAUUAAUUCUCAAGUUUGGGGCUAUUGGAAUGCUACGUGAAGGCAUUAUCCUUGGCAUAUUGCUUGACAUGCAGCCUCACCCUAUUCUUCGUCCGUUUGGACAGGAUAGUUUGUUCAUGGAGUUCAUUGAAAACUACUUCACCGGAGACUGUAAGAGCACUGGGCUAACUGGAAAAAAAGAGGUGGUAUGCAUGGCAAAUUUAUGCGCUUUCCUGUUUUGGCAACUUGUUUUCAAGGAUAAGUAUCGUCUUGAGAGGUUGCAAGAGCUUUUAGAACAUGCCGGAACAAAUGAAACACAAACUCUGCUUCCUAAAAUUGAGGAAGAAUGGUGUACAUCCCACAAUCUUGUUUUGCCAGCACUCCACCAGGUUGCUGAAAUAUAUGAUGAAAUCAUAGGUUCCCUUCAUCGUUAUCGACCUGAGUAUCUCGUUAACUCAGACGGCCUUCCAUUUUAUUAUUAUGCAAACAAUUUUCAACAUACGUGUCAUCUAAUGACUGAACAGUGUGAGGAUGCUGGUGCAUUAAUUAUGGACGAUGAAUUCCUUGAACAAGUCCCUGGAAUAAUGAAGUGUGCUGCUGUUCCCUUUCUGGCUCACAGUGAUUUUUUGGAAAAUAAAGUUGCUAAAAGUUUGGCUACUGUAAUCAAAGAGAUGAGAAUACAAUCUUCAGAAGAUACAUCUGGUAAUCAGCAUUCAGGGGUUCACAGUGAUGGUCAUAUUACCAAGGAAGCUUCACUAUGUAAAUACUUUAUUCAGGGGCUAUGCAACAGGGGAAGCCAGUGCUUAUUCUCUCAUUCUUUACAAUCAAAGAGGCCCAUUUGCAAGUUUUUCUUUUCUUUACAGGGAUGCCGAAAUGGACAUUCAUGUUUCUUUUCUCAUGAUUCGGUUCCAUCUUCUUCUUUGUCACUCAAAUCAAGGCCAUGCCUCCCAGAAAAUCAAGAUGCUGAUAAUGGGUCUCACUUGCGAUUGUUUCCCACGUCUUCAGAUGGGUGCAUCUUGGUGCUGGAUGACAUUGAUUUAUACUUUUCUUCAAAUCUUGCUUAUCAUUAUAAUCCAUCCUCUAUAAUCUCUACCACAUCUCAUAAAGAUGAAUCUACUCUUGGGAAAUGGCCAACUGGUGUUAGAGUUCUCUGGGGUCUUUCCCAUCCACAUCAAACCAUUCUGCCCAGCUCUACUGAGAGUGCCAUUCCAUGGAACGAUGUCAAAUGCUUAUUGUGGUUCCCAAAGUUUGAUAAUGAAAAUUGGGUGGAACAGAAAAACAUACUACAAGAUUUUUUCAAAUAUUUAGCCAUCAGGAUGCUGAGUGAUGCCUUGUACAAUGUCAAAGUAAUCAUCACCAUGAAUAAUAUCCGGUUUUCCCAUUUUCAGGUUGAGAAGUUGGCCAGGGAGUAUUUCUUCUUUCUUAGAGAGUCAUUCCCCUUUAACCAAGCAAGGCUGGGGAAUUUCUGGGAUGGUGUCAUCAACAAAAGGGCAAUGCAGCUGUCCGUGCCUAUAUCAUAUGUUUUCUCGCUGCAUUAUCCUACACCACUCGCUCAGUCAGUGACCAUCGAAGACUUGUUUGCUAGCUUUCGCGUGUGACUUGUGGAGAGUACAAAAGCUACCAGGGUUUGCAUGAAGUGGCUGAAGCAUCUUCAUGACCAUCAAAUUACUUGCGGAAUGACUGGGACCGGAUUACCGGAUUUCUUUUGUUGAUUAGCAAAUACUGCUAUUAUUAUUAAUGUUUUGUUUAUCACAAUAAUAGUAAUUAUCAUUAUCAUUCAUCCUCAUUAUCAUUAUCAAUAUUUUUGUAGUUGUUAUAAUGAUGAUGGUGAUAAUUAAUAUUAUUGUGUUCUGUAAUGGUGUAACUUAUUACUAUGUAGAAUGUGAUAGAAAUUUGGGUAAUUUCGAUCAGGCAAGCAUUCGAAAAUA